ACGUCAGCAACGUGCUGCCUCUCGACGUCGCAGCCAUGGAGGAAGUAAGAGUGUUCCCCCUGACCUGUGCAGUUCAAAACUAUGCAUGGGGAAAGAUUGGGCUGGACAGUGAGGUGGCCAAACUGGUGGUUGGCGGAGACCCCCUGGCAGUCAUAGAGGGGGACAAACCCUAUGCAGAGCUGUGGAUGGGUGCCCACCCCAAAGGCGAUGCUCAGAUCAAAGACAACAGGAUCGCCCAGACCACCUUGGGCCAGUGGAUAGCCCACUACCCCGCCUGCCUGGGCUCCAAGGUGAAAGAUGCCUUCCAGGGUCAGCUGCCGUUCCUCUUCAAAGUCCUGUCGGUCAAUACGGCUUUGUCCAUACAGGCCCACCCCAACAAGGAGCUAGCUGCCACCCUACAUGCUCAGUUUCCAGAGCACUAUCCAGACAACAACCACAAACCAGAAAUGGCAAUCGCUCUCACGCGCUUCCAGGGGCUUUGUGGCUUCAGACCAGUGGACGAGAUCCUGGGCUUCCUUCAAGCUGUCCCAGAGUUCCAUGCUCUCGUUGGCUGGGAUGCAGCAGAAGAGCUACGGAGCAGUGUCGGAGAUGAGGUUCGGACCGGACGGGCCUUGAAGAAGUGCUUCACAAAAAUGAUGAGCUGUGAGAAGAAGGUGUUUGUGGACGAGCUGAACGAGCUGGUUAAAAGAGUCACGCAGGAAGGUGCAGCAGGGAAGGACACAUCAAGCAGCAACGGCGACCUGUUGCUCCGCCUACAUUCCCAAUACCCAGGAGACAUCGGCUGCUUCUCCAUAUACUUCCUAAACUAUGUGGUCCUGGAGCCAGGCCAGGCCAUGUUCCUGGGGGCCAAUGAGCCUCACGCGUACAUCUAUGGAGAUUGCAUCGAGUGCAUGGCCUGCUCAGACAACACCGUCAGAGCUGGGCUGACGCGUAAAUACAUCGACGUAAACACGCUGUGUGAGAUGUUGAACUACAAGCCGGCGUCUGCCUCCUCCAAAAUCUUCCCGUGUGUCUCGGACCCCACGGACCCCUGUGUGACCCUGUAUGACCCCCCGGUGCCAGACUUCACAGUCAUGAAGAUACAGGUGCCAGCCUCGGUGAAGGACUACACUGUUGCCUCAGUUGACAGCGCCAGCAUCUUGCUGGUCAUCGAAGGUGACGCCACUGCGACCUCCACCGCGGCCUUCUCCGACGUCACCAUGACGCGGGGAGGCGUCCUGUUCGUCUCGGCCAACGAGAGCGUGUCUCUGCACGUCAUGUCGCAGUCAGGGAUGACCCUGUUCCGAGCCUGCAGCCUCCUGUAGCUCCUACCAAGCACCUAAUGCCGCCACCGUCUCUUAGGAAGUUCUUCGUUCUGAAUUGGGCCUCGGAUUUCUGGUGUUCACUACUUGGUAGGUGGUAUUAAGAACUUAAAGAGGGUUUUCCUCUGGUCUGGUUUUUCUUACUGAGUCUGUUGCUCCUUUUUUAACCGUAAGCCCCCAGCAGACUGCUCUGAGGAUUCUGACGGUGUUUCUUACAAAUCCAGGAUCAUCCUGCAGGGUAAUAGUCAUCUUUAACUAGUAGUGUCGACGCAGCUUAUAAAUAAAGAAAUUGUGCACAACCCAAGUUCUGUAUCGGUGCUGGACAUUUAAUUUGAUGAAGCAGGCUCAAACAGAACACUUGUACCGUUUUAAAUAUUUCUAAUAAAUUAGCCACCGGAAGGUUUUUAAACGUUUCCAUAACUUCAUUCAGUUCCCGUUUAUAAAAUCUUUUCUUUUUCUUGACAUUAAAGGCAAUCAGGUUACAUCUGCUCCUUGAUGUGCUCAGAUAAAAAAAAGACUCUCAUUUUAAAUAUGUUUGAGCAUCAUUUCCUCCUACAGAGGUUUAAUUAACUAAAAAUCCUGUAACAGCCAGAAAACAACAGUUUUAUCAUCAGGUAUCGCUGCAUUACAAAACGUUUACACCACCUACUGGUCCUGUGAGGUACUACAAUCACUGAGCAACUAGUUUUCUUCUCUGGGAUCACUGAUGAUGCGUUUCCAGAAAGUCUCUCCUUUUUUUUUUUUUUUUACCUGAUCUAUAAACAUUGUAAUGACAGUCUAAGAUGACGUAGCGCGAUAACAACAAUGCGAUUCCUGUGCAUGCUGAAUGGAGAGCUGUCGCCCAUCUGACUGGCCAGUUUUCUGCUGGUAUCCAGGCUGACCCGCAAGUGGAAGUGAAGCCGAGCCUGCCGGUUGUGAUGCUUUUUACCAUUAACAUUGCAUGCAUACAUUUUUGGAAAUGUCCUAAUAUUUGAACAGUGAUUGAAUAUAAAAAGAAUAGCUACAGGGUUGGACAAGACGUUGGCCCCAAGCUGUCUCCAUCCUACAAGGCAUGUGUGUUUUGAAUUUUAGCGUCUUGUUUGGUUUGACUAAAUAUGCAGUGUCUGUGCUCGUACAACAAAACGCUGCAUGCCUGAGGGGGUUGCCGAGUUUGCCAGUCUUUAAGUAACUCAAUACAAGACGAGGUUCCUUUAUGUUUUCCAUCUCAAAAUUCCACAAAUUUUCCAAGUCAAAAUAAGUCCAGUUUUCUAUGAGUUUGGGACCCAGAAUGUUCCACAUUUUACCAUCUAGAAGAGUCAUUUCUCAUUAUCCUUGAGAUGACAAAAUGUAGAGCUUUUUUUUUUUUUAGAACAAUUUCUAACCAAUUUUAUAUUGAAGUAUUCAUCAUCUGACUAGAUUACAAUGAGUUUCUUUUUUUGGUGUUACCAUAAGCCGCAUUUCCAUCAAGGCUUGACGUGCCCAGAUAGAUUUGCUUUAAACCAGAAGGUGGAAACAGGCCUAAUUUGCAUUUCCUUUUUUGUUGAAAUUUAAAAGUUUUGCAUCACAAUUGGAUUGAAACAUGCCUGUAGUCUAAAUUACUUUAAGAAUACCCUUGAUUUUACAUGAAUUUCUCGUCAACGAAACCUUGAGCAUUUACUCAUGUUCGAACAGAGUAAUUAGCUCACCAUUUCAAAAUUAAAUCAUAUAUAUAUUUUAAUUAUUAUUCAAUAAUCUCAGUAUUUUGAGCUGAUUCGGUGAGAAUUUUCCCUUGCUGGUCAAUCCAUUACGGUGCUAAUCCCCAGGUGCCAUGGCAGCAACACCGAAGGACUUGACGUUGAUAAACGAUAAUUACCCAUUUAUGUGCAGUAUUAAUUUAGUCAUCUCAAGAAUAAGAUGAGAUCAUUCAAAGACAGCCUCAACUUCUAUCCAUCUUUCACGCAAAGUUCAGUCUGAAAACUGCUUCACUUUGGAGUAAGUUGUCGAGUUUAUGGAAGUCGGAUCAUGUGGGGAAAAAUUUGGAAAUUCAAAUUGCUUGAAGGGAAAACCCAAAACGAGUAUUUCAACAUGAAUGCUGUCAUCCUGCCUACCUCCCAAUAAAAAAAUCACUUCUCUGAAUAAAUAAAGCUGCUUCUACAUGCAGGUUUUUUGUUAAACACGUCUCUACUUAGCUGCUCUCAUGUCUCAGCUCUUUGUUACUGAAAUAAGAGAAGGAUGGGACUACCUCAUGUCAGUGUUUCUCCUAAAAACGUUUUACCGUCUUAUGUUCUGUAAUUCUAACGACAUAAUCGUUUCAUCAACAGUUCUUGUAUAUUUUUGAAGUUGCCUCUGUUACUGAUCUUGUCUGAAGACGCCUCUCUGUUUUGAACACUGUAGAUCGAGGGCUGUGCAAUGUUUCUGUCGGAGCAGCUGUGUGGGGAAAAAAAUGUCUUGGAUUCCAGUUAGCCUCUAGUAGUUUUGUUGACCGUUGUAUGGGAAUGCAGAAAAUAUGAAUGUGACGUUUAAUAAAGUCUUGAUAUGCUACUGAAAAA